AUGGCGUCUCCGCCCGCUCCGUUCCACGCCGCAGAAAAUGCUGGCGAUGACGACCCCUCACCGGAUCCCUCUUUUUACCCCCAAGAUGACCCUGACCCCUCCGCGAAUCCUGCUCACAACCUCUCGCAGGAUCUCACUACGGGAGAGAAUGCGUUGUCAGACGCCAAGGAAGGGAAAACUCCGCUGCCCAUGCAAAAGAGACGCCGAGUGACCCGUGCUUGCGAUGAGUGUCGGCGCAAGAAAAUCAAGUGCGAUGGGAAACAGCCCUGUACGCAUUGCACAGUCUACAGCUAUGAAUGCACCUACGAUCAACCGUCGAAUCGCCGCCGCAACCCUGCCCCCCAAUAUGUCGAAGCGCUCGAAACCCGCCUACACAAGGCUGAAUCCCUCCUCCGUGUUGUUCUCCCGGACCUCAACCUCGAUGACCCUCAAUUUGACGUGCAUGCGACAGAGCAGCUGCUAGCGGCUAUCAAGCGAGAGAAACCUCAGCAGCCACCGUCGCACCCUGCGCCGCAACUAUCCGCUACAAAUGGCUCCGCGGAAGCCUCGGGGCAAGACAAUGCUGGGGCGGAGGAGUCAUUACUUGAGUCAAUGGUCGAUAAUUCGGGCUAUCUUGGGUUGGAUGACCAGGGUCACUGGGAUUACCACGGUCACACCUCGGGCAUCAUCUUUAUCCGACGGUUACGGAAACAGCUCGGGGCUGCUGAGAUACCUAUGCGCCCACGACCCACCUUGCAGCACAUCCUGGACAGUCCCAAGCCCAUGUCGGAAUCGCCGCAGGAGUCGUCCUUGCCCCCAACCCAUGAUUUGCCGACCCGGGAUGUCGCACGACGACUUUGUCACAACGCCCUUGAAGACGCUUGUUCCCUGAUGCGGUUUGUGCAUGAACCUACCUUCUACGCUAUGCUCGAUCGGAUAUAUGAUACCCCUCCCGACCAGUUUGGCAAUGAGGAGAACUCCUUUUUACCCCUGCUUUACAUUGUUAUAUCCGUUGGCUGUUUAUUCUCCGACGAUGGGGCUGGAACCCUCGACGUUUCGGGAUAUGAAAGUGCCAUUGGCCAAGGAUUUCAAUUCUUCAAGGCUGGCCGGCAGCUGUUGGAGAUUACGGAUUGUCGUGAUUUAACGUCACUCCAAGCGAUCUGCUUUAUGGUUCUUUUUCUACAGUCAUCAGCAAAACUCAGCACUUGUUAUUCAUACAUCGGAAUCGCCUUACGAUCAGCCUUGCGACUCGGUCUGCACCGUGCUGUGACCGCCGAUUUCAAUCCCAUCGAGCGCGAAAUGCGUCGACGCAUAUUCUGGGUCAUACGAAAGAUGGACGUCUACGUGAGCACUCUAUUAGGUCUCCCGCAGAUGCUGAGCGAUGAUGAUAUCGACCAAGAAUAUCCUUUACCCAUCGACGGAGACUUUAUUACCAAGGAUGGUAUCCUGCCGACUCCCGAGGGUCGUAUACACUCCAUGAUUGGCGCGAAUGCGCACACUCGGUUGUCCAACAUUAUCCUCAAGAUUGUGAAAUAUGUUUACCCUGUCAAGCACGCGCAACGCUCCAAGUCGGAACAGCGUUAUGUGGUGAGCCACUCCAAAAUUCGGGAAAUCGAACGAGAUCUUCAAACCUGGAUGGAGGAGCUUCCUGCGGCACUGCGACCAGGAACGGAGGUAUCUCCACAUAUUGAAAGAAUACGACAACUCCUCCGUAUCAGUUACGCACACGCACAAAUGGUGAUGUAUCGGCCUUUCUUGCAUUAUGUUUCUGGUGGCUCCCAAGCCCGAGGGGUGGACCGACGAUCCUACGCCUGUGCUGCCGCUUGUGUCAGUGUUUCUCGGAAUAUCGUCCACAUUACUACAGGCAUGCAUAAGAGAGGUCUCCUCAAUGGAUCCUUCUGGUUCACCAUGUACACUACAUACUUCGCCAUCUUGUCGCUGCUUUUCUUUGUGCUGGAGAACCCCGACUCACCAACAGCCAAGGAUGGCGUUCUCAAAGACGCCAUGGAAGGCAAAAACACCCUGGCUGGACUGGCGAAGAAGAGCUUGGCAGCAGACCGCUGUUCACAAAGUCUUAAUUGCCUCUUCAAGAAUCUCCCUGAAUUGCUCAAAAAUCGACAGAGCUCCGCGAUCCAAGUCAACUUGAAGCGUCCUGCACCAUCUGGCAGUGGCCCACAGACGAGUACAAUCACAGCAAUGUCAGAGUUGCCGCCACCACAAAGGGCCAGCACUUUCCCUAUUCACCUGCUGACCAGACCAUCGAAAUUCGAGUCCAGCAAUACCCCCAAGAGUAUGGAUGAUAAUCUUACCGCUCGCUCGCCAGCGCCAAAUCCGCGCAGCAGCCAUCUCUCGACCUGGUUCCCCUCCACAUCCGAGGUCCCAGCAAGCACCGUGUCCACCCCUUCGAGCACCGUUGCUCCAGAGUCCACCCAGUCCUCGACAAACGCACCCUCGAUCUCGCAGGCGUUGCCUAUCCGAGAAGCGCCCCCCGCCAGCCACUUUGGUUCGCCCCCAUUCCACAAUACCAACGCCGCGUUCCCCGACCUCAUGCCCAUUAUGUUCCCGUCCGAUGACCCCUUUGCUUAUCCUACGCAGCCUAUGUCCACCUUGGAGGAUGACCACCUUCGAUUUGACGGGACGGGAAACACGGCUGCGUCGUUGAUCUCUGGGAUGCAGUCUUCAUCUAAUGCGGACCCAAGCAGUGCCUCCGGCAAUAUUAGCCGAGGCGUAUCUACACCAGCCCUGGAUGGCUUUCCGAAUUUCUCUCUCUUCUCCGGCGGGGCACCGAAAGCUAGCAUGGGCGCUGCGCUUUCUGGCCGACUCUCGGGAUCGCGACUUCAAUCUCCCGUUUCCCACGGAUCCACACCCAUCGAGGGGGUCAACAGUCCGGACCUCGUGUCUAUCCCCAACCAGAACUUCAUGUGGCAAGGAUACGGCUUCCAACCACCCAACCUGGUCCGUGAAACCGCUCCCAUGCCGCCAAUCUCAACGCGAGACGAGCAGGCAUUUAAUAUGCCGCUUGGCGAUGCUCCUACUCUCGGCGCAGGUCUUGAUCUGGGGAUGCGGAUGCCGCUCGACGACAUCUUUGGCAAUGGCGACAUACUGGGACCGAAGCCCGGAUUUUCCAACGACGAGUGGACGCAAUGGAUGAAUUCGGGGUAA